AUGCCGGCCGGGCUCUCCUGGCCCGAAGCGGCGGCGCUGGCGCUGCUGGCCCUGGCGCUGCUGGUCACCCUGUCCCGGCACCUCUGGGCGCUGCGCUGGAGCCUCAGCCGAGACCGCGGCAGCCCCCUGCCCCUGCCCAAGGGCUCCAUGGGCUGGCCCUUCUUCGGGGAGACCCUGCACUGGCUGCUCCAGGGCUCCCACUUUCACAGCUCCCGGCGGGAGAAGUUCGGCAACGUCUUCAAGACCCACCUACUGGGCCGGCCGGUGGUGCGGGUGACGGGUGCUGAGAACAUCCGCAAGAUCCUGCUGGGCGAGCACACACUGGUCAGCACGCAGUGGCCACAGAGUACCCAGAUCAUCCUGGGCUCCCACACCUUGCUCAGCUCCAUAGGUGACCUGCACCGCCAGCGCCGCAAGAUCCUGGCCAGAGUGUUCAGUCGUGCUGCCCUGGAAAGCUAUUUGCCACGUAUCCAGAAGGUUGUGAGCUGGGAGCUGCGGGGCUGGUGCAUGGAGCCAGGCUCCAUCGCAGUUUAUUCCUCUGCUAAAACCUUAACUUUCCGCAUUGCAGCUUGGAUUCUGCUGGGACUCCGCCUGGAGGAAAAGCAGUUCAAGAACCUGGCCAAAACUUUUGAACAGCUGGUGGAGAACCUCUUCUCCUUGCCCCUCAACAUACCCUUCAGCGGGCUGCGCAAGGGAAUCAAAGCACGGAACAUGCUACAUGAGUUUAUGGAGAAGGCGAUACAGGAAAAACUGCAGAGAAACAACCCAGAAGAUCACAGCGAUGCUCUGGAUUUCAUAAUUAACAGUGCCAAGGAGCAUGGCAAAGAAUUCACCAUGCAGGAAUUAAAGGAGUCAGCGAUUGAGCUCAUAUUUGCUGCUUUUUUCACCACGGCUAGUGCUAGCACGUCUCUGAUCCUCCUGCUACUGAAGCAUCCCUCAGUGAUUGAAAAAAUAAGACAGGAGCUGAUGGCCCACGAGUUGUACCAGCAGUGUGAGUGCUGUGCUGCAGGACCCUGCCCAGACACUCUGACCUUGCAUAGCAGGGACAGUGAAAAGCCACUUCACCCCAUGGCCGAAGAUGCUUGCAAGAACCAGAGCCAGCCCUUGGACCCAACGGAGGAAGGUUUCCCCCAGUCCUGUGCCCCACUGGAGUCCACCCUGCACCAAAGCAGUCACUGCGCUGGUCCCCAGCUCCAGGUACCGUCAGGGCAGAGCUGUCACUGCCCCUCAGACAUCAGCCUGGAGAAGCUAAGCCGCCUGCGCUACCUGGACUGUGUGAUUAAGGAGGUGCUGCGGGUGCUGCCCCCUGUCUCCGGAGGCUACCGGACAGCGCUGCAGACUUUUGAGUUGGAUGGCUACCAGAUCCCCAAGGGCUGGAGCGUCAUGUACAGCAUCCGUGACACACAUGAGACGGCUGCCAUCUAUCAGAGCCCCCCUGACAGUUUCGACCCAGACCGCUUCAGUGCCGCCCGGACGGAGGCUGCGGGACGCUUCCACUACAUCCCCUUUGGUGGCGGGGCACGGAGCUGCAUCGGCAAGGAGCUGGCACAGGCCAUCCUCAAGCUGCUGGCCAUUGAGCUGGUCAGCACAGCCCGCUGGGAACUGGCCACCCCUGGCUACCCUGCCAUGCAGACCGUGCCCAUCGUGCACCCCAUCAAUGACGGGCUGCAGCUCUAUUUCCACCCCUUACAGCCCAGCUGCAGCAGCAAGGCCUGAGCCAGGGGUAUGCUUGUCCCCUACAGCCCUGGUGUCAGUGCCCCUUCACGACUGCCAGGGGUAGGCCUCUGCUUCACUGGGUCACUGCAGAGAAAAACCCGAAAGGUCUU